AUGUUUUUCAAGUCUCUUGCCGUUGCCUCGCUGGCACUCUUUGCCGAAACGGCCUCUGCUGCUUUUGGUCUCACCACUAGCUCCUCCUCUUACGUGAUUGAUGCUGGAUCUUCUAACCCGCUCAAGUUCACGGUCAGCCGGACCAACUGUGACAUUACCUCGAUCAACUUCUAUGGCUCUGAGCUGCAGUAUCAGUCGACGGGCUCGCAUAUUGGCUCUGGCCUGGGAAGCAGUGCUACUGUGACAGCUACCCAGAGUGGCGACUACAUCAAGGUGACAUGUGCUACGUCCACCCUAACACACUACUAUGUUGUCCACAGCGGAGAUCCGAUCAUCCACAUGGCAACUUACACCACCGAGGAGCCAUCCGUGGGAGAGCUUCGGUACAUUGCCCGUUUGAAUGCGGACCUUCUCCCCAACGAAGAGCCAUUCGGUGUCGUGUCUAACAUUGGAGGCGGAUCCGUUGUUGAAGGCGAGGAUGUGUUCCUUGUUGAUGGCCAGACUCGCAGCAAGUUCUACUCCAGCGAGCGUUUCAUCGAUGAUAACAUUCACUGUGUUUCCGGAAGUGCCCACCGGGUUUGCAUGAUCUUGAACCAAUACGAAACUUCCGCUGGAGGACCCUUCCAUCGUGACAUCAACACAAACAAUGUUGGCUCCUACACCGGUCUCUACUGGUACAUGAACUCCGGACAUGUCCAAACCGAGACCUACCGCCAGGGUCUGCACGGCCCAUACUCCAUGUACUUCAGCCGAAGCGGAACACCAAGCACAAACAUUGAUACGUCCUUCUUCGCCGACCUCGAUAUUAAGGGAUACGUCGCUACAUCUGGAAGAGGCUAUGUCAAGGGUACUGCCUCCGGCGCUGACUCGUCCUUCAAAUGGGUCAUUCAUUGGUACAACUCCGAUGCGCAAUACUGGACUUACGCUUCUUCCUCCGGAUCGUUCACAUCUCCCGCUAUGAAGCCCGGCACAUACACCAUGGUCUACUACCAGGGUGAAUACCCCGUUGCCACUUCCUCGGUCACCGUGACUGCUGGAUCUACCGCUUCCAAGAGCAUCUCAGGCUCUGUCAAGACAGGAACCACUAUUUUCAGAAUUGGAGACUGGGACAAGACCCCUACCGGAUUCCGCAAUGCCGCAAACCAGCUCCGCAUGCACCCAUCUGACAGCCGCAUGUCAUCUUGGAGCCCGGGCACUUACACAGUCGGUAGCUCAUCGCUCACUGACUUCCCGAUGGCGUUGUUCAAAUCUGUCAACUCACCACUGACCAUCAAGUUCACUGCUACUUCUUCUCAAACCGGCGCUGCCACACUGAGAAUUGGAACUACACUGUCCUUUGCCGGCGGUCGUCCCCAAGCUACGAUCAACAGUUAUACCGGCUCUACCCCGUCCGCUCCUACUAACCUGAACUCCCGCGGUGUCACCCGAGGUGCCUACAGAGGAUUCGGUGAGGUUUAUGACGUCUCAAUCCCCGCUGGAACUAUUGUUGCUGGAACAAACACUGUGAGUGCAAAUUCCGAACCAAGUCAAGCCAGAAUUAACACCGUCUAG